UAAAAGCAAGCGCUCAGAGUUCACAACCGGGACUGAGCCACCUUACCACAUAUACCCUGCAGCUCUUCGUUGAACGCUACAGCUUCAGUGUAUCUAUUUCAAUGCAUACUUAGUAUAUGUGUCACACUGAAAUCUUCAAACUGGACACACUUCAACAGUUUCCUGUGGGAUUAAGGAUUUUUACGGCACAGAUAUGCACCUUCACAAGGUCCUGGUUUGUAUCACAUGGAUUCUUUGUGCAUAUUCUGGGUUGGGAUCCUGCUCAGAAGACGAGACGAAGCUGGUGAAAACCCUGUUUACCGGUUAUAACAAAGUGGUUCGUCCAGUUAACCACUUCAGCGAUGCUGUAGAAGUCACAGUGGGCCUGCAGCUUAUCCAACUUAUUAGUGUGGAUGAAGUCAACCAGAUUGUGACCACUAAUGUCCGACUCCGACAGCAAUGGAAAGAUGUGAACCUUCAGUGGGAUCCAGAUGCUUAUGGAGGCAUCAAAAAGAUCCGAAUUCCUUCAACAGACAUAUGGAAACCCGACUUAGUUCUGUACAACAAUGCUGAUGGUGAUUUUGCCAUCAUCCAUGAGACCAAAGUGCUGCUGGAGCACACAGGCAUGAUAACAUGGAACCCACCUGCUAUCUACAAGAGUUACUGUGAGAUCAUUGUCCUUCACUUCCCAUUUGACCUCCAGAACUGCAGCAUGAAACUGGGUACCUGGACAUAUGAUGGCACACUGGUCAUCAUCAACCCAGACAGUGACCGACCGGACCUCAGUAACUUCAUGGAGUCAGGUGAAUGGGUGUUGAAGGACUACAGGAGCUGGAAACACUGGGUUUACUACACAUGCUGCCUUGAGACGCCCUAUCUGGACAUCACCUACCAUUUCCUGAUGCUGCGGCUUCCCCUUUAUUUCAUUGUCAAUGUCAUAAUUCCCUGCAUGCUGUUCUCCUUUCUCACUGGACUAGUCUUCUACCUCCCUACUGAUUCAGGCGAGAAGAUGACCCUGUCCAUCUCUGUCCUGUUGUCUUUGACUGUCUUCCUGCUGGUUAUCGUUGAGCUGAUUCCCUCCACUUCCAGCGCUGUCCCUCUCAUAGGGAAAUACAUGCUCUUCACUAUGGUUUUUGUGAUCGCCUCCAUCAUCAUCACGGUCAUCGUCAUCAACACACACCACCGCUCGCCCAGCACACACACCAUGCCCGCAUGGAUCCGCAAGGUCUUCAUUGAAACCAUUCCAAACAUGAUGUUUUUCUCAACGAUGAAGCGACCCAGUCAGGAGAUCAGCCAGAAGAGACUGUUCCCUACUGACAUGGACAUAUCAGAUAUUUCAGGUAACCCCACCCCAGCCAGCGUAACCUAUAAGUCUCCCAUCAUAAAGAACCCUGAUGUUCGCAGUGCCAUUGAAGGAGUGAAGUACAUUGCUGAAACCAUGAAAUCAGAUGAGGAAUCUAACAAUGCGGCAGAAGAAUGGAAGUUUGUGGCGAUGGUUUUGGACCACAUCCUGCUGUGCGUCUUCAUGGCCGUGUGCAUCAUCGGAACGCUUGCUGUCUUCGCUGGGAGACUAAUAGAGCUCAACAUGCUAUGAAAACCUAACCCACAAAGGAGGAUGUGUACAAUAAAAUUAGAAGCCGUGCUUUGAGAGGGAUCAGAACGGUUCAUUCGUGGACCCUUUUGAGGUUGUGAUAUUGAGGCGGUCUGUGUGGCAUUUCUGGCACACCAAGGCUGAGCUGAUAGCUGAAACGCUGUAAGGAGCCCUGAGUCUUGAGUCACAUUUGAGGGUUUGUGUUUUUACUAAGACGGAUGAAACUUCAGCAGCAAGUUAACUGUCCAUUCAUAAAUACGUACAAUUUUUGUCAUGAAUGGAUUUUAUUAGAUUAUUAUUGUAACUUUAUUGGUAAUGCAGGGUGCACCAUUACUCUGAUGUGUAAAAUAAUUAUUUCUAGUUGCUUUUUUAUAGUUAGAAUAUUGUGUUCUCAUAAUCUUCUGAUGCAGGCAAAAUAUUUCCUAACCAGGAAGUUUUAUUUAUUGGUUUUGCCUGAGUUAUUUAUGAUUUACUUUUUUGUGUAGUUACAUGUAAUUAUAACCUUAUUUUAUAUUCAGGAGAAAAAAGUGAGUUAUCUGAAACUUAUUCUAUCAAUAUUUCCCAUGUCAAACGUUUUUGUGUUAAAAUCAGGUUGUUCAGUUGUUUUCGUCCAACAGUUUUGAUUUUUAAGCAAAUCAGCUGAUGUUUUUUUUCCCCCUAAUGUUUUCUUUUGUAGACUUUACCUUCAGCAGUUCUCAGCUGAAAAGUUCAGCUCAAAUUAUUAACAUUGCACUUUCACUGGGAAUCCAUUUUCUCUUGUUUCUCCUUCUGGUGCAAAAGAGAUCCGGAUCUCAAUGGGGUUUACCUGGUUAAAUAGAGGAAAGAGAGAAAAAAACCCUUUAAUUUUAACUUUGGAAGUUUUCUCAGGCAAAGCAACCACUGAAACAGAGUACUCUGAAUCAUAUAUUAUUGUGUAGAUGUGGAAAUAAACGUCAAAAACUUAAUAUUU